AUGGAUACAAAAAGAAACGAUGAUGAUGAUGAUGAUGUUCAUAGACGCUGCAAGUGUAAGAAGUCCAAAUGCUUGAAACUUUAUUGUGAUUGCUUUUCUGCUGGAUUCUAUUGUUCUGAAGCAUGUAGUUGUAAAGAGUGCUUCAAUCUACGUGACUAUGAAGAUGAAGUCCACGAGUCACGUGAAUGUAUAGAAGAGAGAGAUCCACUUGCUUUUUCACCCAAGAUUCAUUCUCUUGAGGGUGGAGAUAAGUUGAUGCCAACUGUACAAAAACACAGAAAAGGUUGCAGAUGUAAGAAGUCAAUGUGCAUGCAACAGUAUUGUGAGUGCUAUAAGGGUAAAGUCGGAUGCUGGAAUAAUUGUCGAUGUGAAGGAUGUAAAAAUGUUCAUGGCAUGAAAGGAGGAGGAAAGUGUGACAUAAUGAUAGGAACAAGUAGAAUUGAAUUUGGUUUGGAUCAACAUGAAUUCAUACCUCAAGAUAUCAAUGGUGGACAUGUGAAAUCAAUGAUGAAUCCUUCAUACAACUCAUCAUCACCAGAUGGAUCUUCUAACAGUGACAUGAUGAUAGGAACAAGUACAUGGAACUCUAGGAUGGUUCCUUUGGAUCAACAUGAAUGCAUCAAUCAAUUCACUCCUCAAGAUAUGAACAUUCAGUUAGCAGCUGGAUCUUCUAACUGUGAGAUGAUGAUAGGGACAAGUGAUUUGGAUCUUCCAACUGUGGCAGAGCUUGAAUUCAUGAAUCAGUUCAUCACACCUCAAGAUUUCAAUGCAAGACAUGAUGAUGAGAUAAAGUAG